GGGGAAGAGCCCCUGCUGCUCACACUGCCCCGGGAAAGAAGGGGAGGCUUCCCACAAGGGCCCCGGGGUGCUGGGGCGCCAACCCGCCGGGUCUCCUGGAGCCGGGCGUCCUCACCAAGGAGGAGGCAUAGGGGAGGGUGCUGGGGGCUGGGGGUGAGGGGUGUCUCCUCCCUCCCCAUGUGCGACACCCAGGGGGAGGCCUCCCCUCUGCUGGCAUGUCCCCACCGACACCCCCUUUGCUGGCACCCCUCUUUUCCUGCACCCCUCUUUGCCAGCACCCCCUCUCUGCCGGCAAAGCCCCUGCCAGCACCUGGGUCCAGGGACAGGAGGGGUGUGCCCCCGUCAGCCUGUGUGUGGUGGGGGUGGGGGCAGCUCCCCGGCGGGUGGCACUGUCCCGGCGCCCAUCCACAGGGGAAGCAGCUCCGCGCCCUGCAGCCCUACGUGCUCAGCUGCUGCUACUCUGCGGACGGCAGUGUCGUGGCCAAGACCUUCCAGGUGCUCAGGGACCUGGUGGACCAGCUGCCCUGGCAGCACUCGGCCGCCUUCCUCAUCCAGCUCGCGUUCACCCUCCCACCCUUCCUGGAGGAGGAGUCCGAGCAUCUGCGCCUGACAGCCUUUGAGAUCUACGGGGCACUCCUGGCCAAGGUCAGCAGGAGGGUCUUUGUCUUCCCCUUGAGGCACCAGGUCCUCAACCUGCUCAUCCUCCUAGUACUCCACCUGGAGGAUGCCAACAGCAGAAUCGCUCAGAUCUCCCGGCCCACCCUCUGCCACCUGGCCACCUUGCUGGGCUGGUCAAAGCUCAGGGCGACUUUCGCUGAGAAAGACGUGUGGACCAUCCUCAGUGCCCUGCUGCAGCAGGAGGCGGGCCGAGCCCUCUGGUUCCUGAAGCAGAGCGUACUGCUCUUCAGGAGCCCGCAGGUCCCCAUCCGCCGGACCGCCGUGUGGUUCGCAGGCCAGAUCCUCCAGACCCUGGGCGCUGAGGAGGCCAGGGAGAUGGACGAGGUCCACGCAGCCCUGAGGCACAUGCGGGCAGACCCAGACCCCACAGUCAGCUGCCUCGCCACGCAGACCUCCUACAUCCUGGAGGCCAAGGAAAAGACAUGGGUCGCCAGCUCCACCUCCUGCUUCUGCCCCAGGAGGUUGCGGAAGGCCUGCUUCUGAGCCCACGGCUCGUCAGAUGAGCUUGCGGCGGCAGAGACCAUGGCCUGGCUUCUGAACCGUGCUGUAGAUGUGGGGCGUCCCU